AUGGAAGAAAACUGCCUACUUUAUGCAUUAGGUAAAAAGGAAUAUGUUUCGAAGAAUGACAUACAAAAACUCGGAUCAUCCACAGUCAACUCAGACACAGUCAAUGAAAUGAGAAAUUUAUGUAAAGAAACUCGAAGUUGUACUUUACGUUUGACUCAAUGCAUUUCACCAGCCUUCGAGGACCUAAAAUGUGAAAUUGACCCAGUACUUAUUCAAAUGUGUCGAGAUUUUAAUAUUCAAGUUAAAGAUAAUGGAGAUUCAGGAAAAGCAGUCUGUGUUUAACUUAUUUUGUUCACUUUAACAAAAAUAUGAUGUAAGGUUAAAUGUUUUGUUAAAUAUUUAUAAAGGUGUUCAGAUUGAGUCACUUAUAAAUGGAGAAAUAUAAUGUGUAUUUUUACCACAAGCAUUA